AUGGCUCCCUGGGAUGAUGCACAGACCAAAAUUUUGGAAGGAUCCGUCAAGCGAUUCCGCGAGACUGCAGGGGCGAAGCGAGACGAAGUCGUUGCAGCCACCUUGGGCCUCUUGGAGCAGGUGGCGCUGGGACAACUGGAAGGUCUCACCCCAGAAGCUAGGACGACGGCUGUUCGGAAGUGGCUAGUGGAUCGUUGCUCUAUACGCAAGGAAAAGACGAAGCAAACAGGCGUCAUGAAAGGGACGAUACGGGGGUGCGACUUGUGGCUUGAUGAGCACAUGGAGGAGGUCCGAAGGGAGGCCUAUGCAGACGGUACUAGCGACCCGUUGAACAGGUUUAACCGCACGUGGUGGGACCUGUGGGGAGACGAGGAUGAAGAAGUACGAAAGGAGUAUAAAGCGAAGGGGAGGGAGCUGCGGGCCUUGGUGAAUGCUGACGGAUGUAAGAUAGCGCCCCGUGUUCUUCCUGCCCAGUCAUUGAGCAAUUCCCUGGGGGUUUUGUGCCGGAGCUUUGAGCGGAAGGCGCUAAUUGAGAACGGUGCAUAUUGCGUGGUGAUGUAUGCAGCACAGACAACAGACGAGGGCCCUGUAGUCGGAUUAAUCGACCAUCAAGGGGAGCAUGGAGUGUCGUCCAAUUUCUCCGACGGUGUCAUGAAAAACAAACUCUGGUCAUCUCUAUGGGACGAGUUCGGAGAGUGGUCGACGACCCAGCUGCAGAAAAAAGCAAUGGUGGUGGACGGGACUGGGAAAGCUGGCAAACCCAGCAAAGCCCAAAAGAAGACGGACUUCGGACCGCUUCUUUCCAUAGACGAAGAGACCGGUCUGCCACUGAUGCUCAGUGGUGACGAGCUCGACUCACUGGCCGCCAGCGGGGUUGUUCAGAAAUGGGCCGCCAUUGUGAGGGAGUUCCUUACCAGGCAGUACUUGGCUGCCAGCAAUGGAACGGUUUCGCGUAUACCCUGGAAAGCUCUACAGACUCGAGCUACGUGCCUCAGUGAGGAGAUGUGGUUGCCCGACGUCGGAUUUGCCGAUCCAUCGCAUAUGAGACGGGAGCAGAUGAUUGCCCUCUGCCGGCAUUGGAGGACUGGACAGGAUGGGCCCGACGGAGUGAAGGCGUUCCAGUUUCACAGCUUCAUCGACCGCACUGGCGACCUGACCAGUGCCAUGUAUGACGAAUAUUUCCAACAGUGGACCAACGGGAAACCAACUCGGGAGGCGGAGAGACGGCGCGACGCCCAGAGACUGCAGUUCAACGCAGAGGGGCCUGCAAGUCCCGCUUCUACGGAGGCCGCAAGCAAAGAGCAAGAUCGCAAAGCGUCAUCAAAAGCGGCUCGCAAACGGAAACCGAAAAAGAGUGCGGCAGCUACAUCCAAACCGCCCCCUAAAGCGAAGGCCCGCAAGGCUGCGUCUACAAAGGCGAAGGGCAAGAGACGGGUCACCAUUGAAGACGAGUCUUCCGAAGAAUCUCCGUCGGUCUCAGAGGAUGAGUCUGUUCCAUCAAGCGAGGUCGAAGAAAGCGACGAGAGCGGUCAGCACAGCGGGAGUGACGAGAGCGUACUUGAGAUGCCGGAGCAGGCUUUUCAGGCCGGCCAGGAGAUGCUGGUCGACUUUGCGGCCAAAUGUCCAAAAGACGUCUCCCGGGGACGGAAACGAUCACUGUUCCUGGCGUCUCUGUCCAGCGACUCGCGCUACAAGGCCGUCGUUACCGAAUACAUCCGUGCCUCCAUGGGCGGUGGAGUCUCAGCUUUCAAGCCAUCGUCCAUCACUGUUGCGCCCUGGGCCGACUGGGGGUGGACAUCACCGUCUCUUCCUGAACUUCCUCAUGCUACUGUGGAUGGCCUGUCGCGGCUUAUCCAAUUCCUUCAAACCGAGCCAUGGAAACGGAACAAUCAUGCCAGUCUCAAGCAUGUCGAGCAAGCACUCCUGGCGGUAGGCCUCGCUUUGCGUGACCUUCACAACAGCCAAUUUGCCAAUGAUCCAGACGAGCCACCGCCUGCCCAUGUCCCAGUCUACGUGCAAAACACCCUGCUAGACUUCCACAGUACAGCGGAGCAGCUGCUCGACGCAAUCCAUCCCAUUUCCCGCUUAUUAAUCCUUGACCACCCACCUUCCGGCCCUUCAGCCUCAGCUGCGCCUAACUGGACUCCGCCUUCGCCAGUCUCUCAGUCAAGAUCGGUGGAGCAGACUCCCGACCCCAUCCAGAUGUGGGACGGAGAAGACAUACCUUGCAGACCCACUCUGAAGCUGAAGCGAUUGCGCCGGGCUGCAGAUGCCCGUGCCUCAAAGGGCGAGGGCAGCUCAUCCCUCCAGCCCUCGGUGCACCUAGACCAGGCAUCGACGAUCAAACAGACGAACAUUCAGCACAGACUGCCAGAAGCGGAGCAGGCGGAAGGUAGCGGGGCAUCGGUGAUCAAACAGACGAACAUUCAGCACGAACUGCCAGAAACGGAGCAGGCGGAAGGUAGCGGGGCAUCGGUGAUCAAACAGACGAACAUUCAGCACGAACUGCCAGAAGCGGAGCAGGCGGAAGGUAGCGGGGCAUCGGUGAUCAAACAGACGAACAUUCAGCACGAACUGCCAGAAGCGGAGCAGGCGGAAGGUAGCGGGGCAUCGGUGAUCAAACAGACGAACAUUCGGCACGAACUGUCAGAGACGGUGCCUCAUGGGCUUUCUUUGGUGUCAGCGCCGAGCGAGGGUCAUACCAGACUGGGGAUCCAACAGACAAACGGAGACCGCGAUCGACUGCCAGACGAAGCGGCUGGGCCGUCUCAACCGGGCAACGUUCGCAAAGAGACGACCACACCAAGCCCACAAAUGGAGUCGCUCACCGUAGAGACGAAAGCAGCCGGAAGGACUCAGGUGGAGACGGAAGAGACGGAGUUGCCCGUGGAGACGAUCGCCGUCCCAAGCGAAGAUGCUGCCCUCAAUGAGAACCAGGGCACGAGUGGUUCGUCUCGCGACCACAAGAGACGUGCAGAAGAUAGAGACGGUAGCGAAGAAGCGACGCCCUCCAUGAAGAAGCGAAGACACGUUGAUGAGACGGAACCGCAGGCCAAAUCCUCAGCGCCGACCACUUCAUCUGAGGUAAUGCCGCCACCGCCUCUUGCGGUGCCAGCACCUCUGCCGCUGCCUCCCAUGCCUCCAGUUCAGCCUCCAGCACCCAUUCCAGUGCAGCCAGGCAUGGGAGCAUUGGCGGAGCCGUCUAGACGGUCUCAACGCCUUAGCAGAGGGGGGCAGCAAGCGCGGGAGCGUCAGAGGAAAAUCAACCUGGGGAAAUUGCACGAGUAG